AUGGCGUCCAUCUCCCGAGGUUUCGGCCCCCGGUUCUUCCACGUCGUCGUCCGACAACACGCCCCCUGCCAAUGCCCCGCGACCCAAGCCCGCCAGCUCCUCCGCGCCCGCUUUUCCACGGCCCGAUGCCUCCAGAAAGCCAUUCACAAGCUCCCCCAGCCGGUGCGGACACCCCCUCGUCCGAAACCCGGAGCAACACCAUCGGCACCCUCUACUCCGUCUACCCCGUCUGCUCCCAAGGUCCCUGUUGUUCCUAAGCCCGCGCUCCCAAAAACCACACCCACACCCGCACCUACGCCCACGCCCACGCCCACGCCUACUCCCACCCUCGGGCGCUCCACCCGCCCGCCCAUGAGCUACGCAGAGCAGCUCGCCGCCAAAGGCCGCACCCUGCUCUACGAAGCGCCCUCCCACUUCUGGUUCCGCGCCGGUUGCUUCUCCUCGGGCGUCUUCUGCCUGACCUACAUGAUCACGCAGUACUCGGCCGUCAUCCUGCACCCACCCGAGGGACUGUCCUGGUGGGUCCCACACGCCUUCACCGUCAUCCUCGUCGCCAUGGGCGGCAUGGGCGGCUACUUCAUCAUGGGCGCCGGCCGUAUCAUUGCCUCGAUCGAAGCCAUCCCGGCCUCCCAGCUCGCCGGUCGCGCGGUCACAUCGUCCAGCGCCGGCGUUGCAGCAAAGGCGCAGUCCGCCGCCGGGGUUGCUGCCGCUACCGCUACCACUGCUGCUACUGCCACUGCGGCAGCUGCGACCCCGCUCUACGUCGAAGUCACCACGCGCCGCCCAUUCCCCUUCAUGCCCUCCAAAAAACACCUCCUCCGCCCAGACGAAAUCCAGCUGCCCUUCCGGAUGUACUCCCUCUUCACCAUGGGCCAGACCCUCACCAGCAGCAGCAGCAGCGCCAACCCACGCCAACCCUCAUCCCGCCUCAUCAGCGGCCGCGGUGAGACCCUAGCCGAGCAAGUCCGCCGCGAACGAGCCGCGCGCGACGCCCGCGCCGCCGAGCGCCAGUAUAACCUGGACCAUAUCAUGACGUCGCCGUUUCGCGAUGCGCGCAAGGCGUUUGGGGGUGCGUGGCGCGGGUUGAGGCGGUCGUUUAAUCGGGAGGGGUUUAUUAAGGUGCGGUUGGCUGGGAAGGAGUAUAAGAUGGAUGUUACGGGGGGGUGGACGUUGGAUGAGGGACGGGCGUUGGAUCGGUUGUUGCCUGUUAGGCAGGACACGGGGAGGGGGAAAGGGGUGAAGGGGUUGUAA